ACUGCACUCUAGCCUGGGUGAGAGAGUGACAACCCUGUCUCUAAAGAAAAAAAAAAAUUAAAUAAAUGAGUAUAGAGACAAAAGGAGAUGUAAGAUGUGACAAAACCGUGACAGCUGCAGGCUAUUAAGUGGAGGGACAAAUGGCCUCUCUAUACCUCAGAAUUUCGUGAGGCUAUAAUUACAAUACAAUACAAUAACUGAUGUCCAUAGUGAUUCUGUUAUCAGUAAUAAAUUGUGAUUAGUGCACUUUAAGAAAGCUGAGAUCUGAGCAAAGUACUGAGGACACAAUAAUAGAAGCCCCCUUGGCCUCAUGGAGCUCACUAUAGUGGGGAAACGUGAAACAGACAGACAAUAUGGAAAGAAAGCACUAGCAAUAUUUGGGUUGUGGGAUUUGGAUAAUUUUAAUUUUCUGUGUAAUAUCUUUUGGUACUUGGCAAUUUUUUUCUGUAAUGUGUUUUACUUUUAUAGUAAAAUCUAUGAAUAUUAUACAAAUUUUCAGAGAGAAAUUUUUAUAAGCAUUGUUUCAAAUGAGAAAGUUUUGAUACUUUGAUUUUUUAGUGACAAUCAAUAUUAAAUACAUCCUUACGUUGAUGAUUUUCACUUUCUUAUGGUGAAACUACCACCAAAGAGAUCAUUCUUAUUCAGUGACCAUUAUUUAAAAGCAAAUAAAUGAAAAACACAAACAAACAAAACCAGAUUGUUAUACUUUUUAUAAAUUAAGUGCUACGUUCCUUCUUGUCUUUAGUUCCAGGAAGCUCAGCCCCAACUUCUGUGCUCAAAUGCAGUCAUUUCUUUUUGCCUGUGUUUUUGAUAACAAUAUUGUCCUAUAUAUGUUCUAAAUGAGACUACUUCAUAAAAUCCCUACAUUGUCAUACAGAGAGCUGGCCCCACAAAUGAAAUUCCAUUCGGUUUGAGAAAGAAAGCCAUGGCAAAGUGGAAGCUAAGUUUGAGAUGAGGAUAUGAAAAGUGCAGUGCCUAGAAUGUUCUCAUCUCCUCUCACCAAACUAACUUCAGCAACGUUUGCGGGUUGCCCCUCACCAUAACCAUAUCCUCUCUUUCAUUCCUGACCUACCACAGCCCAACCACACAACCCCAACACCACAAAAACAUACCUCUCGAUCUACCACCCUGGCUUUCAAAAAAGAAAAAAAAAAGGGUGAAGUUCACAGAUUAGAAGUAGAAAAUGCUACUUUUGGACAUCUAAGAAUCGGAGAAACUCAGUUCUUCAAAAAGGCCAGGGUUUGGUCUCCACAACGUUGGUAUUGAGCUUCCCUUUGCAUCUUUCUCCACUGUCACCACCACACCAUGAAAUGAAUUAGAAGGAGAAAGCAUCAGCGCUUCCUGUCUAGGGAUCCACUAGACCUGCUCUUAAUAUUUCUUUACCAAAAAGCAAGUGAGAGUUCUCAAAAUGAAACCACUGGAGGCUCCACCUCUGGUGGGGAUGCUCCUACCAAACUGAUGCUCCUGUGAACAGCUAUAAACUCUGCCCAAAUUAUUUUCAAAAAACCACUACCCAAGCAUUUGAAUAGAGAGAAAGCAUACCUUAAAAGUAAAGAAAAUGGAAUCUUAUCUAGCUCACGUGGAGUCUCCUUAUAUGGAACUCUGUUUCCUUAAAUUAUAUGAAGAUACGCCCAGUGUCCUUAUUAGUUUCUCUUCACAGAUCAGGAUAACCUAGGGGCUCUUGAGUAAAUCCUCUUCUGUUAUUUCUUGCAGCAUUAGUCAUGGGUUUUUGUACUUCAGUAUUUGUAUGAUGGUUUUGAUGUACUCAUUUUUCUGCAACCUAUAGAAGUUAUUUUCAUUUCUAAGUUUUUAACUGAUAAAAGUCAAAGGGAUCACCCCGAGUGGGUUGAAUCUCUCAACUGCUGCUCUCGUUGGAGCCAGGAGAAACCCGCACAUUCUGCCCAGGCACCUGCAUCACCUGUGAUGGUUUGAUUCACCAAGGACUUCCUUUUGUAUAAAUCUUCAGCUUCUUUGAAUGCACCUUAGUUGUUAUUUAAACUUUUAUGUUUUUUCUUUCCCCAAGGAAUUAUUUUAGAUUUGAAAUUCAGUUUUUCCUGAGACUGAUCAGAAGUUAGUGACACCUUGAUUGGAUCUAUUUUUUGGUCAGGAACCCAUUUUGCAGCAAUCAAGUUUUUAUAAGAUGCUGUAAAUAAUUGUCAAGGUUGUUUUUCAAAAAACAAAAAGAGUUACAACUUCUUCAUAGUAACAGAAACUUUUACAGGACAUUCAAUGCCUAACAUUGCAGAAACAGAAAGGUCAAAUGAUUGUGGAAAUGGUGAGCACAAAUCUGAGAGAAAGUCUCCUGAAGAGAACCUACAAGGUGCUGUAAAAUCUUUCUGCACAAGUGCCUCAGGAGCACCCUUCGGUCCCAAAGGAGAUGGUCAUUAUCCAUGGAGUUGUCCAGUGACUCAUACUCGGGAAAAAAUUUAUGCCAUCUGUUCAGACUAUGCCUUUCUCAACCAGGCAACCUCAAUCUAUAAAGCUCCAAAUCCAGCCCGCUCUUCUUGCCUCCCUGAUAGUACCUCUUUGUCUGCUGGAAAUAAUUCAUCAAGAUACAUUGGUAUCCCAACUAGUGCAUCAGAAAUCAUCUAUAAUGAAGAAAACAGCUUGGAAAGCUUAUCCAAUAGCCUGGGCAAGCUACCUCUCGCAUGGGAAAUUGAUAAAUCUGAAUUCGAUGGGGUGACCACAAAUUUGAAACACAAAUCAGGCAAUGCAAAGAAACAAAUUUCUAAGAAAAAAACUUCAGAUAAAAAAGGAAGAUCUCAGAGGGAGUGUCCUCAGCAUUCUCCUCUUGAAGAUAUCAAGCAGAGGAAAGUCUUGGACCUCAGACGAUGGUACUGCAUAAGCCGACCACAAUACAAGACUUCUUGUGGUAUCUCCUCGUUAAUUUCUUGUUGGAAUUUCUUAUAUAGCACAAUGGGAGCUGGAAAUCUUCCACCUAUUACUCAAGAGGAAGCUUUACAUAUUUUGGGCUUUCAACCUCCAUUUGAAGAUAUUAGGUUUGGUCCUUUCACUGGAAAUACAACACUUAUGAGGUGGUUUAGACAAAUUAAUGAUCACUUCCACGUAAAAGGAUGCUCUUAUGUUCUAUAUAAGCCUCAUGGGAAGAACAAAACAGCUGGAGAAACUGCUUCGGGGGCCUUGUCAAAGUUAACACGUGGAUUGAAAGAUGAAUCGCUGGCUUUUAUCUAUCAUUGUCAAAAUCAUUAUUUUUGUCCAAUUGGCUUCGAAGCAACCCCUGUUAAAGCUAACAAAGCAUUCAGCAGGGGCCCUCUCUCACCACAGGAAGUCGAAUAUUGGAUCUUAAUUGGAGAAUCAAGCAGAAAACACCCUGCCAUUCACUGUAAAAAGUGGGCAGAUAUUGUUACUGAUCUGAACACUCAAAAUCCAGAAUACCUAGAUAUCCGGCACUUAGAGAGGGGGCUGCAGUAUCGAAAAACAAAGAAGGUUGGGGGAAAUUUGCAUUGCAUCAUAGCAUUCCAGAGACUUAAUUGGCAAAGAUUUGGCCUUUGGAACUUUCCAUUUGGAAACAUUAGACAAGAAUCGCAACCUCCAACACAUGCCCAGGGAAUUGCCAAAUCGGAGAGUGAAGACAAUAUUUCCAAGAAGCAGCAUGGGCGUCUGGGCCGGUCUUUCAGUGCUAGUUUCCAUCAGGACUCGGCAUGGAGAAAGAUGUCUAGUAUCCAUGAACGAAGGAACAGUGGCUACCAGGGUUAUAGUGAUUAUGAUGGGAAUGAUUGACUAUGCUGGGUACUGAAAAAUUGGUAUUAUACAUACAACUGUUGUAUACAGGACCGCAUUAAGACAGUAGAAGAUUUUAGUAAGUCUACAUUAAAUAGGAACAGAUCUUGUGGUACAAAACAUAACCUUGUAGUUCUCCAGUAAAUAAAUUGUAUAUGAUUAUGAUGGGUGAUUUCAGAUAUAUAAACAGAUAAGCACAGAUUAUUGUCCUUUUAAAGUUAAGAGUAUAUAAAUAACUUGGACAAAAAGUUUCAUGAAAUCCAGUAAAAUUACAGCUGCUGUCUAAAUAACUCAAACACAAAUUCACUUAACAGCAUCAAUAUUUGAAAUACUUAAGCAUGAAGCGACUUACGACUUGAUUCCUAGACAUUUGUUACAGAUAGUUUUAUUCCUAAGAUCAAGAUGUAAGGUCCCAUCUGCCCUUAAAAGAAAUUGCGGCUGUCCAUUUCUAGUUUUCACUUAUGGUCAAAGCUCAUUUAAAAUUAUUUUGUGAGUCUAAUAAUUCUUUUACUUGUAGCAGUAUCUUGCCCACCUCAUUUGUUUCCUGGUUAAUUUUCUCAGGAUUCUCACUACUGAGGCAAAAGAGAAAAGACGUAAGAAACUGAUCCUUUCUAUUGGUGCAAAUGAGUGACUUAGUGCAUUGAUCCAGAUAUUUUUGACUUUCUUGACUUGGUAUGACUUCUGUAAGUCUAGAAUGAACCUUGUUUUAGGGAUAACAUAAAAGAACAAGUGGCAUUGGAAGUUUCUAUACCCAAAGUUAUCUGUGAAAUGAGAUCUCCUGAUAUUUCACUGGUUCCUCAAUAUGGAGUUGACAACAGCAUUGAAGACGCAUUAGGAAUGUCCACAUUACUCAGAGGACAACUAUCCAUAUUCCAGACUCCGAGCUGUUUCCUUUUUUAAACCAUAGAGAUAAUUAACUGUUUGAAGUGAGUGUUAAAUAAUUCGGAAGUGUGGAUUUCAUAUAUUUGAGCCCCUCUCUAGCUGCUGUCAGUUUUCCUUCUGCUGCCAACCUGUGACUCAUAUGACUAGGAUCUCUUGUUCUUUUAUUCAGGGGCUUGUUUCAGGACUCAAAUCAGUAACUUGGUGAGUACAAGGUGCUGAAUACGUUGGUAACCAUAUCGCAAUACACCUCAAGGAGGGGGUUCAGAUUUUUAUUUUUAAAAUAUUUCCAUUUUUUUCUCUUGAAUUUUAUAUUCAUUUAUCCACUCAUACAUGCAUAGCCUACAGAAGGGAAUAUAUAUUAUGAAAUGGUCAUUUUUCUGAAGAGAAUAUUUUGCUUGAAAUGCAGGGACUGGAAGAAAUUUGUAGGUUGUUGAUUUUGUUACUUCAUACUGGAACUUUUAAAGUUUUCAUCAAAUAAAGUUUUGUUUUCUACUUUUAA